UUGGAUGCUUUCAGGUGUUGAUGAAUUAAUAAAAGUGCAAUGAGCUCUUGUUUUCCUCGAGUUCAUCGAGGAACUCUCAUUAAAGAUGUAUUGGACAACCGAGCUGAAAACGAAAACAUGUUUUAUUUGGAGACAGUUGACUCUUUGGACAUGGAUGUAUUCAAUCGAAUGGUGUGUGCUUUCAUGAAUUCGCAAUCCGGGGGAAGUAUCUGGCUAGGUCUGGACGAAAGGGGAAGAUGCCAGGGAAUAGGAAUGGACAGACCCUUUAGAGACAAAAUAAGAAGAGAAUUUGCUCAAGUAACGUUUGAUUGCGGCUAUUACGUACCUUACGGAGACAUAAUUUUUUCCCGAGUCCUGGACGAAAGCGGAGAGCCGAUAGACGAACUGUUUGUGCUGCAAGUGAAGCUGCCGAAGAUUCUUCUCAGAAUCAACAAUGAGACGCCUCAAUUUUUCUUAAAUGGAAACUUCUGGAAACGAAAUCCAGUCGGGGAAGUUUACAGAGUCCACAGAACGAAAAGUAAUAUCCAGCUCAUGUAGAUUUUAUAGAUACUUUAAUUCUAUGGAUUUUAUUUAGCCAGAUUAUGCCGUUUUGAGUUUUCAGAUUACAUUCAAAGUGAAUUGAUGGCCAAGUUCAAUUUGAGCGCUUUGCUUUGACCCUGAAAUUACAUUCAGGCGUUGCUCUAAUGCGUCGAGAUAAAACCAUUGCUAAAAUUAUUUUGAUCGUAGAUUUGAGGGACGUUCAUUUGUAAUAGCAAGUGUCGAGGAAUAUGCCGAAGAUUUUAAUUUUUUUUUUCAGUAUAAAGUAUUGAUUUUUUUCAGGAUGAAGUUCUGAAAGUUUUUCACGUUCAAAUUUGUAUUUUCACGGAUUGACUUUUGAAGCUCUUUUUGAAUUCAAAUUCUUUUGCUGCAAGAAAAGGAAAUUACUGUCUCCGAUAACGAAGUUCAAAUGGCGCGAAAACACGGGAAUGAGUUUAAAAAAUGAAUUCCAUAUUUCAGAAUUUCGAGAGCGAAAAAUAUCUAUUGAGCUAGUUUUCUCAAUUUAGGUUAUUUUAAUUUAAAAAAGUGUCGACCAUAAAAUAUUCAUGAAAAUCAAAGAUCUCUAAGGUGAUAUAUUUUGAUGCUAGACCAGUAAAUCGAUGUAUCAGUAAACCGAAAACCAAUUGAUGUAAUUAUUACGUAAAUCGGUUUACUGAUCUGGUAAUUUACUGACACAUCGGUUUACUGUAUGCACCCCGUUUUUUUGUCUUUGAGAUGUUUGAAAAAAUUAAAGUUCUUCAAAAAAAACUAUCCUUUUGUUGGGUCUCGUUAAGAUCAUUCACACUUUUCCAACUGUAUUUAGACUAAUUUUAAUGUUUUUCCCUCAGGGCUGCGAACGAUUAGAAAAUGGGCCUUGUUUUGUUUUUUUGAAGUGCUAUUUAUUGUUUUAAUGAAAUUUGGUGAGAACGGUUUGAAGCAAGCUCAUAUCAGUUCAUUUAUUACAUUCAUAAUAGAAGUGUAAGUGUUCUCAGCGACCGAGCUUGAUUUUCAAUUGUUAAUCACUGUCGGCUUUGUGUUUGUUACACCAUCGUUUUAUUUAUUUUCUGUUGUAGCUUUCGAAUUUAUUACGAUAUUUUUCAAAGUGAUUCUAUUUUGUUUUAAACUUUUUGCAACUGAAGAAUACGUAGCAUUUGCGCAGACCGUGAGAAUUAUGAGAUAAUUUGAUUCAAAUGAUUUGCAGGUUGAUAAAUGAAAACCAAUCUAAUUUCAGUUUUACUUUGAAUGUUCUCUUCAAAUGACCGACGACAAUAUUUUAUACGACAGUAUCGAAGCGUCAUUUGACCCAAAUAUUCAGCAGAUACAGAACCCGUACCCUCCGACUCACAACCCGAAGUUCAGAUCCCGCCUAGCGAAUCACGGACCGCCAGGUGUUUCCGAUUCAUUUGAUUACCAAUAUGUAGACGUUAAUGGGGACUACUCGAUUCUAGAUCCAAAUCCGACCACUGAAAGGUAUCCAUUACAGUCUAACCAGGAGUAUCAAAAUGAUGAUGCUUAUGGAAACGGAUACCCGACGAGUGGCCAGGAGUAUUUAGCCGAUGACGACACAUUGCCGACGGAAGAUCCCUCGUUUUAUUACGACUCGGUUGACGCUACGGCUAUGGGAUACGGUGGCUAUAACCCCGCGGGCAAUAGAUACGUAAACGAAACCCAUCCUUGCGGACAACAAAACGGACCUCAAAAUUAUCAACGCGAAGUCGAUGACCAUUUCUAUCCUCACAGCCAGUUUAGCACUAAUAAUGUACAUAGUUCAGUUAUGCAAGAUAGCUUAGAAGUUACAAACAAUGAUUUCAGUCGCUACGAAGACGUGAACGCAGCCAUAAUGACUCCUUCUAACAUCAAUUCUAACAGAAGAAGCCAACAGCGCGAUAGGUCACUGACGAUAAACGAACCGACAAUGUCAUUUGGCAGCACUGAUGCUGGGCAGCCAGUUUACACUGGUCAACCGUAUUACAAUCCGGAUGCCGACGCGCACCAACAUGCGAUGAACAUCCAGUCAAGUUGGAGAGGUUAUCACACCAGAAAAACUCACGAAGAUCAACACCCGGUGGCUGGUAGUUAUCUCCCGCAAGAUGAAUCGAGUUACGAAGAUUAUAACACCCGGCUGCCCGAAGGCUUCGAACCCUCGCAAGUACCAGAAAGUUACGAUCAUGACAAACAUGCGACAGUGAUUCAGAAAAAUUACAAGGGAUACAGGGCCCGCAAAGAUUACAAAGCGAAAAGAGAGCGAGCUAAGCAAGCUAAAGUUAUUCAGUCGAGUUAUCGUGGUUACAAAGCAAGGAAAAAGUUUGUAAGUGAGCAUCAUAUUAGAGCAGAUUCUGUGAAGACUCAUUUCGAAAAUGAAGACGAUUUUCUGGAACGCGACAGGGCAGCUGUGAAAAUUCAGUCGAACUAUAGAGGUCACAAGACUCGGAAGGAAAUUUCGAAACGUAAAGGUAGUUCGAAGGCAGAAAAUGAAGAUGCGGAGAUUAUUCAAGCCGCCGCUAGAGGUCGAAAGAACCGAAAAGAAGCGAACGACGAUCAAUAUCGUCACGAAAAAGCAACUGUGAUUCAAGCGAACUACCGAGGCUACAAAACUAGAAAGGAUUUGGACAAAAAUAAUAAUGAAGAAGAUGAUGUUCAAGUGGUUCAAGCUGCGGCUAAGGGCUACAAGUCUCGCAAGAAGUUCGCAGAAGAGAAAGAACAGAACCAAAAAGCGAUCGUGAUUCAGGCAAAUUACAGAGGCUAUAGAGCCAGAAAAGAUUUGAAAGGAUCCGAUGGUUCUGACGACGGAAACGAAAGCGACGACGCUAGAGUUAUUCAAGCAGCAGCGAGGGGCUACAAAUCACGAACCGACAUAAAAGGGGGAAAAGAAAGUGACGACGAAGAACACGCUGACAUAAUUCAAGCACGAGUGAGAGGAUACCAAGAUCGCAAGGAGCUUGAAAAACAGCGACACAUGAAUAAAAAGGCGACUGUUAUUCAAUCUCAUUACAGAGGAUACAGAGCUAGGAAAGGAUUAGAAGAGGAUGACAAUGGCGAUGAUGUAAAUAGUGAUGAUGUUGGAGCUAUUCAAGCCGGUGCCAAGGGAUACCAAACUAGACAGAAUUAUAGCCAGGAUUCAAAAGAAGCAGAUGUGAUCCAGGCACAUGUGAAAGGAUACCAGACUCGAAAAGAGAGAGUUAAGGAUGUGAAAAGAUAUGAUUCGAGAGAUCGAACUGACUUGGGAAGUACCGACGAUGACCGAAAAGACAGGAAAAAAACCAAUGACGAGAAAGAUAAUGCUGAACAAAUCCAAGCGAGUGUGAAAGGGUAUCAAGUCAGAAAGAAAUACAACGAGGAUAAAAACAUGGAAGCGGCCUGGGAUCGAAACCGAAGACUGCAGCAGCAGCAAAAACGUGAACAAAUGAAGCCAAACAAAGGUCAAAUUCAAGUUGGACCAAGAAAGUAUACCGAGUAUUUGGACCACAAUCAAUGGGCAAAGCGACAAGAGAAGAAGAAAUCCGGAGAACCUGUAUCGAGACUACCAACAGUGUUGAAUUCAGCAGAAGGAAGUGAAAAGAGGUCCAAAAUGCAAAACCAAACGCCAAGUAAAAACUCGAAUGUAUCGUUUUCGGAACCAUAUCACGAACAGAACGACGUCAGGAGUUACCCUAAAAGUCCAAUUCCGCCAAAUACACGAGAGUUUUCAGAUAUUACCUCAGUUUAUUCUGAAGACGAAAGUGUUGUACAGAAACGAGAGCGAGAAAGAUUGAAGAAUAAAUUACUGAAGAAAGAGAAAAGUCCGAGACGAGUGGAGGGAACAAUCCCGAACAAAGACGAACUCCGCUCGGAAAUUCUGGCCGGCGAUAGUUACCGUGAACAAAAUGGCCACGAUCGUCAGCAGCGGAACCACCAUAAGAAAGAAAAGGUACGGGAAAAGCACGCUCGGAAGCCGAUGGUGCGUGAUUUUUCAGCGGAGACUCUUGACAGUAAUCUAGAAGACGACGAAAGUCUGUAUGAAUUCGACCCUCAAAUCAAAAAAGUUCAAGAGCAUCAAUUGCGAGGAUAUCACAAGAAGCCUAGAUGGAUCAAACAGCCUAAGGAUUCCGAGGAGGAAACGUAUGAAGACGAGGAAGAUGAAAGUGACGAUGGUUUGACUUCGGAUGACCAGUACGGAUACUAUGGCAACGGAGCUCCUAUGUACCCCCAAUACCCGGGUAUGAAUGGGAUGCCUCAAAUGGGACCCCCAGGUGGACAUCCUCAUGUGGCAUUUGUUCCGGUACCCUGGGGUAACAUGCACCCCCUUGAACAGACACUGUACGCGUCGCAGAUGGGACCCGGUGGUAUGCCAAUGUUCUCGGGACAGUACCCGCAACAUAUGCUACCUCAACAGCAGCAGCAGCAGGACGCACAUGGUGAUAGGAAUCAGCAUCAAACGAAAAUCGCUACAGCUAAAAAGGUCCCGGCUCCUCCACCGGGAAAGGAUUUCGUAGAAAAAAAUAAAAGUAAAGCCGUUCAAAGAGAGCAAGAAAAAGGAAGCUACAAGCACAUCGCUUUGAAGACUAAGAAAGUCAAAAGUGAACCAGAAGUUUCUCAGACUAAUAAGGUUGAAAAGGCAAAAGAAACGCGGAAAUCUAAAGAAACUGGUCUGAUCGAGGCUCGAACCACCGCCAGUGACAACCAUCACGUGAAAGUUGACAUAAACUUAAACAUUCCUCCUGAACAAUUGGCUGCCAUGCUGGGAAUCGAUCCUAGUACACUUUCACCUCGUCAACAUUUUACUAUCAAUACAACAACUGAUAAGUCACCAGAUAGACGAAGGAAUGCACAGCAAAAAGCGAUCAGAGAGUCAAACGAAGCUCCGUUUUCGAACAGAAAUCAGCACGAACAGGAAAGACAAACGCACAGACGAAAUGUCGCUAUGCAAGAACCGAUGAUAAAUAACUACACUGACGAGCGAAGAGGCCAAGCGAAACCAAAGGAACCUAACCCUUACUCCAAGAUCCCGCCGAUUCCCCAGAACGCCAAAAAUCAGAGGCAAAAUAAUCAGGACACGCACCCGAAAACCGAUGUAUCGCCUCAACGAAAACAGCAACAAAUGCAAAAUAAAACACCAAGUCAACAGCCGCCGAAACCGGUGUUUUAUAAACCGUAUACGCUGGAAGAUUACAAGAACCUGAAUCUGGAUGUUAAACUUCCCGUCCAUUUGGGACCCGAGUUUGAUAAAAUAGAGGAGCGAAGAAAAGUCAGGGAUAAACAAUCUUCAUAUGCGAAAGUGGUGCAUGAACAAAAUAUGCACCAUAUCAAGACGAUGAACAAGUUUGAAAAGCCGAGUGAUAUUAAGCAGAAUAGGUUGUCGAGAAGGAAAGUCGGGCUGGAGUAUUCGAAAAGUGUACCGAAACCGAAACAGCCGGAGUACAAAAACGAACAUGACGAUGACGAGGAGUCGCCGCCUAUGACUCAAGAUAUGCAGAGGCUGGAAGAACUGAAAAGGCGUCACGAAAUGGACAAGUCAGCGGUAGCUAGCACCACUUGAAGUUAAGAAAAAAAGAAUCAUAACUGAUCUCUAACCCUCAAAUAAAGGACUGUUGAUUUUAUUUUUGUUUCAUUUUUUGAAAUAUAUAUAAUUCGUAUUAUCGCCUUAUGUAUAUAGUGUUGAUAUUGUAAAUAAAAUUCUGAAAAUUUUUCAAAUUAGGGUGAAUUAUAGAAAUAUAAAAUAAUAUUUUAG